CUUUCACAUUUUCCGUUCUCGUCACUGAUUUCGCAGGGAAGAGGAAGAAGACGAAAAAGAGGGUGGCUUGACACGAAAAAUUCAGCGAGAUGAGUAGGAACGAUUCCAAGUACUUCUCCACCACCAAGAAGGGUGAAAUUCCUGAGCUCAAAGAGGAGCUCAAUUCCCAGUACAAGGAUAAAAGGAAAGAUGCAGUGAAAAAAGUGAUUGCUGCUAUGACUGUUGGGAAGGAUGUUUCAUCAUUGUUUACUGAUGUGGUUAAUUGCAUGCAAACAGAAAAUUUGGAGUUAAAAAAGCUGGUCUACUUAUAUCUGAUAAAUUAUGCAAAAAGUCAACCUGACCUAGCAAUACUUGCAGUGAAUACAUUUGUGAAGGAUUCACAAGAUCCAAAUCCUCUAAUUCGGGCUCUGGCUGUGCGGACAAUGGGAUGCAUACGUGUUGAUAAAAUUACUGAGUAUCUGUGUGAUCCCCUUCAAAGAUGCCUAAAAGAUGAUGAUCCCUAUGUCCGUAAGACAGCAGCUAUUUGUGUUGCCAAACUUUAUGACAUAAAUGCUGAGUUAGUCGAGGAUCGAGGUUUCUUGGAGUCCUUGAAGGAUUUGAUAUCUGAUAAUAAUCCAAUGGUCGUAGCCAAUGCUGUUGCAGCACUUGCUGAAAUACAGGAAAAUAGUAGUAGACCCAUCUUUGAAAUUACUAGUCACACACUCUCCAAGCUCCUCACUGCUUUAAAUGAAUGUACUGAGUGGGGUCAAGUUUUCAUAUUGGAUGCUCUUUCUCGAUACAAGGCAGCUGAUGCACGUGAGGCAGAGAACAUAGUAGAACGGGUUACCCCACGGCUGCAGCACGCCAAUUGUGCAGUUGUAUUAUCGGCUGUUAAGAUGAUCCUUCAACAAAUGGAGCUCAUCUCCAGUACUGAUGUGGUUCGGAAUCUUUGCAAAAAGAUGGCUCCUCCUCUUGUGACUCUACUGUCUGCUGAACCUGAGAUACAAUAUGUUGCCCUGCGAAACAUCAAUCUCAUAGUACAAAGAAGACCAACAAUUCUGGCUCAUGAAAUAAAGGUGUUUUUCUGCAAGUACAAUGACCCAAUCUAUGUGAAAAUGGAGAAGUUAGAAAUUAUGAUAAAACUUGCUUCAGACCGAAAUAUAGAUCAGGUUUUAUUGGAAUUUAAGGAAUAUGCUACAGAAGUUGAUGUAGAUUUUGUUAGAAAGGCUGUUCGAGCAAUUGGUCGUUGUGCCAUCAAGUUAGAGAGAGCAGCUGAACGAUGCAUUAGUGUUUUGCUUGAGUUGAUCAAGAUAAAAGUAAAUUAUGUGGUUCAAGAGGCAAUCAUUGUUAUCAAAGACAUCUUUAGAAGAUACCCUAAUACAUAUGAGUCCAUUAUUGCAACACUUUGUGAGAGCUUGGAUACCUUGGAUGAGCCAGAGGCCAAGGCAUCAAUGAUUUGGAUAAUUGGUGAAUAUGCAGAAAGAAUUGAUAACGCUGAUGAGCUUCUUGAAAGUUUUUUGGAGAGUUUCCCAGAAGAGCCUGCACAAGUCCAAUUACAAUUGCUGACCGCUACUGUUAAACUUUUCCUUAAGAAGCCAACUGAGGGUCCUCAGCAGAUGAUUCAGGUUGUCUUGAACAAUGCAACUGUGGAGACGGAUAAUCCUGAUUUGAGAGAUCGUGCAUAUAUAUAUUGGCGUCUCCUAUCAACUGAUCCUGAGGCAGCUAAGGAUGUUGUGUUAGCUGAGAAGCCUGUGAUAACUGAUGACUCAAACCAGCUUGAUUCUUCUCUUCUUGAUGAGCUUCUGGCCAACAUUGCUACAUUGUCUUCUGUGUAUCACAAGCCCCCGGAGGCAUUUGUAAUCCGUGGGGUGUCAUCAGCUCAAAGAGCUGAAGACGAAGACUAUCCUGAGGGGAGUGAAGCAGGAUAUUCUGAGUCACAUCAUACUGAUGGCCCUGUUUCACCACCUACUGCCAGGCAAGCACCUGUGUCCUCUGCACCCGUGGCAGCUUCUCCCGCAGCUGCACCUGUGCCAGAUUUACUUGGUGAUUUGAUGGGCAUGGAUAACAAUUCCAUCGUUCCUCUUGAUCAACCAGUUACUCCUGCUGGGCCUCCAUUGCCUGUUUUACUACCUGCUUCAACUGGUCAAGGUUUACAAAUCAGUGCACGGCUGACAAAAAGGGACGGGCAAGUUUUUUACAGCUUGCUGUUUGAGAACAACUCUCAGAUUCCUCUUGAUGGAUUUAUGAUACAAUUCAACAAGAACACAUUUGGUCUUGCAGCUGCAGGACCCCUUCAGGUUCCAUUGUUGCAACCUGGAACAUCUGCAAGGACACUGUUGCCUAUGGUCAUGUUUCAGAAUAUGUCCCAAGGUCCUCCUAGCUCGCUUUUGCAGGUUGCUGUAAAAAACAAUCAACAACCUGUGUGGUAUUUUAAUGACAAAAUCUCAUUGCACACAUUCUUUACUGAGGAUGGAAAAAUGGAACGUGCUGCCUUUCUAGAGACAUGGAGGUCCCUUCCGGAUUCAAACGAGGUUUCCAAGGACUUCCCCAACCUAGUGAUUGGCAGUGUAGAAGCAACACUGGAACAUCUGGCAGCAACAAACAUGUUCUUUAUUGCAAAACGCAAAAAUGCAAACCAGGAUGUCUUUUACUUCUCAACAAAAAUCCCCAGAGGCAUACCAUUCUUGAUUGAACUUACCACGGCAGUCGGAAACCCUGGUGUGAAAUGUGCAGCCAAGACUCCCAGCCCUGAAAUGUCAGGGCUUCUCUUCGAGGCCAUUGAGACUCUUCUCCGGGGUUAAUUCUUUUUAAUUCAUAUGCUUUUCCUUUUGAAUUUAGAUUUUGUGUUUAUAUGUUCUUCUUAGCGUCCGCAAUAGAUACCUUAAACUGGUGUGUUGUUACCUUUUCUUUUCUUAAAGAAUCAUCACCCAGUGAGUGACCUUUUCUGCUGCCCCAACCUGUAUCUGCCAUUUUGCCAUAUUGGGAUUUUGAGAACUAAAAUAUUGUUUGUACUCUUUGUGGGCAGCGUUUUGAGAAAGGUUCUGUGACUGUAAGUUCUUGACUUUUUUUUUUUUUUUUGUACAAUGAUUACUUGGUGCUGUUAUUAUAUUGCA